AGUUAUUGAUAUUUUCUCUUCUCCUAGAUGUACAAGCUUCUUGUAAUGACUGUAUUACUAUCGACGGCCUAUACCUAUGCAAGCCCAACUAAUCUUACAUCUGCCGAAAUUGAUGCAAUCACAUCAGGUAUAUUUGAUGAACCAAAAGGAAGCGGAUCUGGUACCAGCUCCACGCCAUUUGUGAAAAGAACCCCGAGACCAACACCUCCAACGACUACAAAGGCCCCAGAAGAACACAAGGCGUGCACGAUCCAAGGCAAUCCGGGGACCUGCGAACAUUACUACAAAUGCAAUUAUCCCGCCGAAGUCUACGAGGCACAGAUAGACAUACAUGUACCUGAUGAUGAGUGUGAGUCAUACUUAGAUGUUUGCUGCGAGCCCGCCAAUUUGUUACCAGAUCCCGUCACAGCGGCGCCUGUCAAAAAGGAACUGGAAACAAAGUGCGGCAUGUACAACAAAGACGGUGUCGGAUUCCGAAUAACUUUGAAUAGUAACCAGGAAGAAGCGCAGUUUGGCGAGUUUCCUUGGAUGGUGGCUAUAAUCAAGAUAGAGCCAGUAGACGAGAAGAUUCCAGAAGGUCAAAAGAAAGAGACAUACAUAGAAGCUGGCUCUCUCAUUCAUCCUCAAGUUGUACUGACUGGGGCAAACUUCGUCGCGACUGAUCAGAAACUGAUCGUCAGGGCUGGUGAAUGGGAUACGCAGACCACUAAAGAAAUAUACCCUCACCAGGAUCGGGACGUGGAGAAGGUGGAAAUUCAUAAAGAUUAUAACAAAAAGUCUCUAUUCUACAACAUCGCCGUGCUAUUUCUGUCAGCACCAAUGGAGUUAGUCCCAAAUGUCGGUGUAGCAUGUCUGCCACCAAGCAACCUUCGUGCUGAAGCCGGCACCAGGUGCUUGUCUGCAGGGUGGGGCAAGGACAAGUAUGGGAAGGAGGGGACCUACCAGGUCAUAUUAAAGAAAGUUCAAGUCCCAGUAGUUGACCAUGACACGUGCCAGACACAGCUACGUAAGACCAGACUGGGUCGUAGGUUCAUUCUUCAUUCCUCAUUCAUGUGCGCCGGCGGUGAAGAACGUAGCACCUGCUCCCAAGACGCAGGAGCGCCUUUAGUUUGUCCAAUACAGCACGAAGAAGGUCGUUACAUGCAGUUUGGCAUCAUGGCGUGGUCCAUUACCUGUUCGUCAGACAUUGCCCCUAGUGCCUACGUGGACGUCGCGAAUCUCCGUGACUGGAUUGACGACAAGGUCGUCGGUCGUGGGUUCGAUCCCAGCGUUUACACCUAUUGAUACAGAAAAAUUAGGUUAUAAUUUAUUACUAA